AAAGUCUCCGCCCUACUGCUAGUCUGAGGCCGUCGGCUUCCUCUGAAGCGCUUGGCUGUCCAUAAGCUGCUAAAUGUUUCUUUUAUUCCUUUAUAUUUCCAACAGACAAUAGGAAAAUAGAUAUUAUUCGAGGACAGAAGUACCACUGUGGAGUUGAAAGAUCGAGGGAUACCUUCCUGACGGAUUUGCGUCGGCGCUGUGGCACAUUUGUUCAGUACUUUAGCUCCAGAAGCUAGCGGUUGACGAGAGUGGAAGCAUCGGCACGAGCUGAUUUGACUUUGCUCCCAUGGAUGGCAAGAAUAUGAGCAUCUAAUCAACACUUGGUAUCAUGGCUCCACUCUCGCCCUGACCUCUUGGUUCACCCAGGAUCCAAAAUGAGCAUAAGCAGUGAUGAGGUCAAUUUCCUGGUGUACAGAUACCUGCAGGAGUCAGGCUUCUCCCACUCAGCGUUCACCUUUGGCAUAGAGAGCCAUAUCAGCCAGUCCAACAUCAACGGAGCUCUGGUGCCCCCUGCUGCCCUCAUCUCCAUCAUCCAGAAAGGCCUGCAGUAUGUGGAGGCUGAAGUCAGCAUCAAUGAGGACGGUACGCUGUUUGAUGGACGACCGAUCGAGUCGCUGUCGUUGAUUGAUGCAGUGAUGCCAGAUGUGGUGCAAACGAGGCAGCAGGUGUAUAAGGAUAAGCUGGCUCAGCAGCAAGCUGCUGCCGCCUCCAGCGCCACAGCAGCCACCGCUGCCAAGAACGGAGAAAACACGGCUAAUGGAGAGGAGAACGGAUCUCACACGCUGUCUAACCACCACUCAGACAUGAUGGAGGUGGACAGGGCGGUGGAGAUCCCAGCCAGUAAAGCAAUGGUGCUGCGGGGCCACGAGUCUGAGGUCUUCAUCUGUGCUUGGAACCCCGUCAGUGAUCUGCUGGCCUCUGGCUCUGGAGACUCAACCGCAAGGAUCUGGAACCUGAGUGAAAGCAGCGCGGGAGGAUCCACUCAGCUGGUGCUGCGGCACUGCAUUCGGGAGGGGGGGCAGGAUGUACCCAGUAACAAAGACGUCACCUCACUGGAUUGGAAUAGUGAAGGUACACUUCUUGCCACAGGAUCUUAUGAUGGAUUUGCCAGAAUAUGGACUAAAGAUGGUAAUCUUGCCAGUACACUGGGGCAGCACAAAGGUCCCAUAUUUGCUUUAAAGUGGAACAAGAAAGGAAAUUUUAUCCUCAGCGCUGGUGUUGAUAAGACCACCAUUAUUUGGGACGCACACACAGGAGAGGCCAAACAGCAGUUUCCAUUCCAUUCAGCUCCAGCUCUGGACGUGGACUGGCAGAGCAACAACACGUUUGCCUCCUGCAGCACGGACAUGUGCAUUCACGUGUGUAAACUGGGCCAGGACCGACCAGUUAAAACAUUCCAGGGCCACACAAAUGAAGUCAAUGCAAUCAAAUGGGACCCAACAGGAAAUCUCUUGGCCUCCUGCUCUGAUGACAUGACGCUAAAGCUAUGGAGCAUGAAACAAGACACUUGUGUUCAUGACCUGCAAGCCCACAAUAAGGAGAUCUACACCAUCAAAUGGAGCCCUACUGGCCCUGGAACCAACAAUCCCAAUGCCAACCUCAUGCUGGCCAGUGCGUCGUUCGAUUCGACGGUGCGUCUGUGGGAUGCAGAACGUGGCGCCUGCAUCCACACACUGACCAAACACCAGGAACCCGUCUACAGCGUGGCAUUCAGCCCAGACGGGCGGCACCUGGCCAGCGGUUCCUUUGACAAGUGUGUCCAUAUCUGGAACACGCAGAGUGGUGCUUUAGUCAACAGCUACAGGGGGACGGGAGGGAUUUUUGAAGUAUGCUGGAACUCCACUGGAGACAAAGUGGGCGCGAGUGCAUCAGAUGGAUCGGUUUGUGUAUUAGACCUAAGGAAAUGACGCUGCCGCUGGGAAGCCAUGGACCGACUAUGAAUGUGUGCAUAGCCAAAUUUACCGACUGUCCCUGGCCCAUCAUCACCAUCAUCAUCAUCAUCCUUCACUGCUGUAGUCCACGCGUGAGGUGCUAGACCACAGCCCAGACCAACGGCCCCUCAACUCCAUCGCAAAACACGGACCCGUGAUGCUUACGACACAAAAUCGGCGUGCUUGAGAACUGUUAUAUACAGACACGCUGGACACAUGAGAAAUACACCGCAUAUGCACACAAACACACAGACACGCACACCUUUCAUUAGUUCCUGUGUUCAUCAUUCCAAACCCAGAGGGCCGAGGUCCACGCCGCUGUCGUGUGCAUAUUGUACACGUCAGCGCUUCAGCGACGGUUUAGGUGUAACUGCAUGAGCUGACGAGCAGAGCUGUUGAAUACGGCGGCUGUACUCGUGGCCGUAUGAUAUUGACAAUUCAGAGUAUUGGCACUGUAUGUUUAGUGGCUCUGCGACUUUGGAACUGUUCUCCAAAAUGCUCAAGGAUUUUUUUUUUUUUUUUUUUUUUGCCAAACUUUGAGAUAAUUUGAUCUUUUUUUUAACUACAGAGUUAUAAGAGUACAGAAAGCCUAUUAAAUUACUCAACUAUAUUUUCUAAAACGAAUGCCCUGUGUUAUUUUCUACAACCUAUGCAAAACCGAACUUGCAGUGCAUGAAUGGGAGAAACUCGUAGGUGAAGCCUGUACGUUAAAACAUCUGAUAGGCCCACCCUAAACAAAACUGGCACAUUCAGUCUCGCUGUUACAGAAAACAUAGCUAUCAGGUUAUUCAUUCCUUUUUUGGGAGUUCACGAUUGUCCUCCUACAUCAUUUAAAAAUGUUUAUUACAAAGAUUUGAUGUUCUUUCUUUAGUCCUGCUUUUCUAUAGAGGUCUGAUCCGGUCUGGUCAUUACACUUUCAGCGCUGCAGUGAAUUGGUAUGUGUGUGACUGUAACAGCACUAGUAUGUAUGGCUUCACGCGAGUGACUGAAUUAUGGGUCGGUUCAAGUCAGGUCGAGGUGCCGUUUUGCUCACUAUUUUUGUUUGUAACAACAUGACGUCGUUGCGCAGUGAUGGUAUGGGUGUAUACACAAACUGACGUAGAGAACGUAAAUGUGACCACAGGGAUUUUUACUUUUACAUGCUACUGUUAUAUAGGAUGGAUUUUAACGUAAACUCCGUUUGGGAUUUCUCUUCAGGUGACGGCACGUUGAUUUAGAGUUCGCUAGAUGCUGUCACGUGUCCUUAUAAAAUACCAUUAGACAGUCAUAGUCCAGAGAAGCAGCUUUUAUCCAGCACACUCACGUCGCCUCUCAGCACUUUAGAUGUACUCCCAUGAAAUCCAAUGAGCACUUAAAACAUUUUUUUUUUUUAUCUUUUGGACUGAAAUUACUUGAGUGACAUUAAACAUUUACUUGAAUGAACCAGGUCUUCUGAUGAUUAUUAGAGGGUGAGGCGGCUGGUUUGAACUUAUGUAACAGUAUUUUUAUUUCUUUUUUUUUUUUUCUUUUCAAUAUUAAAAUGUAGUCCAAAAUGCUAACACAUGCCUUUCUCUCCCCACGGAUCAACUAUAAUUUGCAUCCCCUCUUAAGAUUAUCAAAAUGUCCUGAUUUUUCUUUUUGUUUUUUGUUUUUUUUUAAAGAUGAGUAUUUUGAAGCUUGCUCUAAUAUAAUCAACCAGUAGAUUGUACGAAAAUAUGCUAUUUAUUAUAUUGUCUAUGACAGUGGAAUGGUAUUUUAUAAUGUUUUAAUUUUAAAGAGAUCUACUUUUUACAGUGUGCGUGCAAGCAUUUGCUUCUCUCGGUCCUCAAAGCCUAGCACUCUGUCCACGGCCCUUUGAAAUUUUGUACUUUGAAAUCUUUUGUAAUUCUACUGUUGUUUUUAGCUCUAAGCAAAAGCACGUACAUGGGCAUAUCAAAACAUCUUGGACCAUGUAAAUACUUGUUCAGUAAAUACAAAUACUUGUUUUGUUUUUUUUUUGUCUCACUUUAGGUAAUUUUUAAUCUAGUUUUUUUUUUCCUCUCUUUCUUUUUUAGUUCUUUUUUCUGUUUCGCUCACUCUCUAGCAGAAAUCACUCACUGCAAUGUUGAUUUGACUGUUGUGAUUUGAGUCAGAUCAAAUGAAAAGUCCAGAAUAAAAUAUAUUUUGAUA